AUGGACGAUCUUCUCACGCCCGUGAGCACCACGUACCUCAAACCGCGAAAAGAGUCUGAACCACUCUUCUCAGAAGUCAAGACGUCCUCUUCUACCCAGCCAGAACCAAGGAAAAUCAGUACCAUCUCAAAAGCCGAUGAUGCCAUAGAUGUGCUAAAGAAUCAGCCCGAUUAUGACAGCCUUAUAACGGUCUUGCAGUUUCUGACGAAUUCCAAACCAUUAUCUGACAACUUCUCGCUUUCAACGCCUAGUCCUAAGAGCGCAUUGAUUGUGCAUUUACUCGUCUCCGAAAUCGGGCCAAACUAUUGGACUUUGUUACAUGAAGGAACUUCUGAUGGUGGUGCUCAGGACGCUGAGCUUUUUCUGGGUUGUGUGCGGAGUUUAACUGGCAUCAAUGCUAUCAUUACACAAAUUAGAACUCUUAUUCAAGAGUCACGAAUGGGUGGGAAAGAACAGAAGAGGGCCGACUUGUCACUGAAUGCCAGUAUUCUUCUGAGUAUAUUAUCUGCUGCCCUCAACAGCCACGAAGCGCUGCCUGUGAUCUGGGCCUCCUCAACAAAAGCUAUCGCGAACCAUGGCCUCCAACGAAUUCAAUCUCAGAAACUGGCCUCUGUCCUCACAAAUGGCCAAAUCGUAUCAACUUCCGCUGAAGCUCUAGAGAUAAUCGGUCGUGAUCGAGAGAGGGAUGACACUAAGUGGAUUGCCGACGGACUACAAUACAGCAAGUGGGUUGGAAGCAGUAUCGUCUCAUGGGUCAAAUUAUCCCCCGAACCUGAUGCCAUGGCUUUUGCUUCUGAAUUGUUCCAGAAAUCUCUGUCAUUGCACCACUCAGAAACCCUUAUCAGAGCGGUUAUCGAUGGACUUCUGCUUUCCAAAGAAAGCUCGGCUCAGACAUUCACACAAAUUGCCCUCAACCAACCGCGGUCUUCUAAGAAAGUUCUUCAUGUCUUACUACAUCAUCUCUCGCGCAAAUUUUUGAGCCACCUGUCUUUAGAAGAUACAUCUCCGGACAAGAACGUCUCCGCCGUCGCUGGGCUUCUAAAAGAAGUGACGUUGAACGACGAGUUUAGAAGAGAUACACUAAUAGAGUGGUGUUCGUCUUCCUCGGGUGCUGGUCUAGGCGAUGGUGUUGGUAUUCGACGUGCUGUCAUAGCCGCGCUUUCUCAAGACCGAGAAGCCAUUGCAGCCGUGCUGGAAAAGAGCCUCGCGCAAUUUGGAGACGAGUUAUAUAUCAGACACUCGGCAAUCCUGCAGCAGGAUGUACAUACACAGAUACUGCUGCUGGCAGCUGGUUAUGUGCACAGAAUAUCUCCCAUGAAGCUGACCUUGCUCAUGCGAGUCGGUACAUAUAUGAAUACAAUCUCGAAUCGUAUCGGUUCAACACAAUCAAGAGCACAGUUUCUCGGCCUGGUCGUAGGCGAGGCACUGUCUGCUCUUAUUGAUGAUAAUAAGAAGAGGCUGGACUUCAAGAUGGAGGAGACGGAUACCGAAGAAGCACAACAGUUAAAGGGGCUAACAAAAGUCUCUGACCUCGCUGGACCUAUCGACCCCAUCCUUUCAAAUGUCACGGUGGAAGCAAUACCCGAGAAGCGGAAGCCUGCGACAUCUAGCAAAGCCGUUCAGAAAAAGCCCAAACAGAAAAAGCCUGCUGUUGCAGAAGUUAAACCAAAGGCCAUCAUCGAGGAGAUCGAUUCUUCAGAAGGAGACGAGGAUCUUGCUCCUUAUUCAAAAGACUCCGAUCCCGAAGAUUCUGACGACGAUGCAACCCUUGUUCAGCGCAACAAGCCCAAACCUCCCGUGUAUAUCAGGGACCUCAUUUCAUACCUGAGGGAUUCUGAAUCAUAUGACAAGCAGUUACUUGCCUUACAAACUGCCCCAGUUCUCAUCCGACGCAAGGCCAACUACGGCACUGAAGUCAGUUUUCAUGCCGAUGAAUUGGCUGGGCUCUUGGUCGGUAUCCAAGACAAAUUUGAGAUCGAAAACUUCCAGGACUUGAGAGUGCAAGGCAUGGUGUCCUUGGUGGUCUCUCAACCCAAGACCAUGGCCCCUUGGUUUGCCCGCACUUUCUUCGAGGGCGACUACUCCCUCUAUCAGCGAACAUCAGUUCUCAUUACACUAGGCUUGUCAGCUCGAGAAUUGGCUGGGUUUGAGGUUUCACAGUAUGAUUCGGCUGCUGUCUUUCCUUCUAAGCGGCUUCCUGAAAAGAUGGAGCAGUUAUACCUUGGCCCCUCAAACGAUAACAAUGCUCUUCCGUCUUCUCAACUGAAAGCACUCCCAGCAAAUGCCCUGGAUAGUAUCUCACAAUCCCUCACAUCUUCGUUCCUGGCGCCUCUCGCUGCAGAAGCGGCCGAUGCAAGCACAGGGCCAGAUGUCCUCAAGCUUCAAAGCUUCACCGCACGCUACAAGUCUAAGACCAAAGCCAAACCUCGCGUCCGUGCUAUUCCUAAUACAACGGCCGCUCUCCUUGCCACAUCGUUCUUCUCUCCGCUUGCUGCCCACUUUCAGGUCGCUCUCCGCUCCGCGAAGCCAAUUAUUCUCAACCAUGCUCUUCUAGCUCUUUAUCUGCAAACUCUAGGUAUUAUCGUCCACGCUGCGGGCCCCUCAACUCUUUCCCUGCCACAACUUACAGCGGAACUGUGGGAUCUACUACUGGGUGUUCGUGUGCACGUGUUGGGUGAUCUCGGUGCCAUGAAGGGCUGGUUGGUCGCCAUAGCCUCACUCUUAGAAGUGAAUGGUGGUGAUUUGAGACGGCUUUGUGAGACCCAGGGGCGUGAAGUUAUGGAGACAAGAGAAUGGGUUGCGAUGGUUUUCGAGAAGACAAGAGGGGAAGAUGGAGGAGAGGAGAAUGAUGUCAAGAUGCUGGCGGCAGGCGUACUGAUCAGGCUCGGUGAGGCCAUUGAAAAGUAUCAAGCUCUACUUAUGGGAGACAUGAUUGGAUUUCAGUAG